AGCGAAUUUUGACGCUCUUGCCGCUUCUGGUGUGAACGUACAGUAACCAAAUAAUGGGACUGAACCAUCAAGAACCAUCACAAACAAAAAGGGGAUAGACCUAGUUAGCAUGAGAAACAUGUCUUCAUUCACAUACACUCUCUGUCUAGUGGACAAACAGGAUGCAGCCAUUGGUAGACUAGUGAUUCUGUGAGAUUAACUAUAUCAAACACCUUAAACUUUUUCAUAUGAUGUUAUGUGAAAGACAGUGGACCACCUGAUCUUAUAGUGCCACUCAAAUUUGCAAUCCCACAGUGUUUAUUCAUUGCAGUAUCUUGACAUUAUACAUGAUUUCAAGCUCGCAGGUAUUUUUAUGCUGCAUUUUUUUUUGCUUUUUGGACACCAUUCACUUGCAUUGUAUAGAGCUGAGAUAUUCUUCUAAAAAUCUUUGUGUUCCGCAGAAGAAAGAAAGUCAAACACAUCUGGGAUGGCAUGAGGUGUAGACAGGUGGAAGAUGGAGGAUUUCCCCAUCCGGACACUGGAGGCUGUGUGUUUGGGUUCGAGUGUGGCUCUCUCUGGUCUCUUUUUCUACAUUUACAGGAAGAAAUGCAAAACUGUGGACAAGCUUAAUGAAGCUCCACAACUACCACUGGAUGAGAAGCUAGCAGAUCUUUUGAAUGCCACUCCGGGGAAGUGUCUACAGUAUGUGGUCCUCGAGGGUACUGUGCAGCCUAUAGGGGAACCUUUAAGGAGUCAGUUUCAGGAAGGAAGUGUUGGUGUCAUCCAGAAACUACUCCUUCGGGAACAUAAACUGGUGUGGAACAGUUUGGCACGCACUUGGACAGACAGUGAACGUAUCCUUCACCAGCGUGUGAAUGCUGUGCCCUUUAACCUGCUUGGUGUAAACAAAGCAUUUGUACGUGUGCUUUGCCCCCUGGAGGCCACUGGUCCCAAGAUGGAAAUCGUCCAUGAGAAGUUCCACCAGGCCAGUUACGGCUUCACGGACUUGAUUGGUCAGUACCUGAGUGGAGAGAAGCCCAAAGGUCAACUGGAAACAGAGGAGAUGCUGAAGGUGGGAGCAUCUCUGACCGCUGUGGGUGAGCUCAUCCUGGACACGGACCGCCUCCCGAAACUCCGUCCACCCACUGACGGCUCAGAAUACUUCCUGAGCACAGAGGACUUUGAGACCCUGCGACUGGAGCAGGAAGGCCAGGCGGAGGUGUGGAGAGUGCUGGCAUGUGUUUGCGCCUUGACGGGCAUGGCCGUGAUGCUGUGGGCAGGCCACAGAUACUACCGACACCUGAAGCUGCGGUGGGAACAGGAGAAGAUGAGGAGGGAGUUUGAGUUGAUGGGUGCAGGAGAAAGAGGUGUGGAGGAAAAUGAAGUGAAUGAUACAGAGAACGCAUGUGUUAUAUGCCUGAGUAAUCCCAGAAGCUGCGUAUUGCUGGACUGUGGACAUGUGUGCUGCUGUUAUCGCUGCUAUCAGGCCUUGCCACAACCCAACUGCCCCAUCUGCAGACAGCACAUCAGUCGAGUGGUGCCUUUAUACCAGGCCUGAAUAUCUAAUAAGAUGUAAUGAACCUCAGUUCCAAGCCUAUCAGAGAACUUCAAAGCAAGUUUCAAACAGUUUACUUGGGCAAAGAGAUGAUUUAAUGGUACAUAAAUGGACACGGUUGGAUUUAGACCAUUAUGGCUGAUCUAUAACAUCUUGUAGAAACAGUCUUAAACUUCCAAAUAGUUUUGUAAACUUUCAAACCUGCAGUAAGCUGGAUACCUGGAAAUAAGCAAACAAUUGAUCCUAAUAUGCACUUGCUUGACUCUCAAACUUAAAAACUGCAGGAUUGUGAAGGCUAACUGGAAAUAGUUGCAAAAGACAUUUAAAGAGAGAGUUCACCCAAAAAUGUAUAUUCUGUCAUUAUUUACUCACCCUCACUUAGUUGUGAGAUAUUUGGCAGAAUGAAAGCAGUCAGUCACCAUUUAACUUUCAUUGUAUGGAAAUAGGUGCUUAACAUCUCAAUGUGUGUUCCAUGAAUGAAUGAAAGUCAGAUGGGUUUGGAACAACAUGAAAGUAAAUUAUUGCAGUGUUUUUUUUUGUUUUGGUUAGGUUAAAGAUGUGACAGAAGUCUGGUUCAAUCUAACUGUGACUCUGUCCACACUAAUAAGCCUCAUGAGCUGAGUAUAUGAAUGGAAUAUUCAUAGUUUCUUUGACUUCCUUUUUAUGGAAUGUAUCAAAUGGUUAGUCUGUUUAAAUGAGUUGAGGUGGUUGUUUUGUGUGUAAAAUGAUUUUGUGAGAUCAGCAGGUGGCUUAUACACUGUAAGGAGCUGUGUUUUUCUGGUUUCUGCUGUUGUACUGGUCAAACUGAUGUUCUGUUAUCAAAAACACAUAAUAACAGAUGCAACAAGAAAUUUCACAAGUGUAGUGCCUUAAUUUGAGUGAAAGCACUGGGUUUAUGUAACAUGUUUUUGGUUUCUUUUCCUUCAAGUUUUUGGAAUCUUUUUGGCCAAUAAACACUUUGGGUUC